CCGCGGGCCGGGCAGCAGUGGCCGGCGCUGGGCAGCCUCGAGAGGGCUGCGUUCCCGUCCGCUCCCAUCCCGUCCGGCGCUGCCCAUGGCGUAGCCGCGCUGCUGCGCGCCUGCCCCGCGGGACGCGGCGUGGACGGACCUGCCGCCAGGCAGUCAAAAGUCCGGAGGAUUUGAUUUCAAAGCACACUACAAAUUUCAAAGAAAGCAAAUCUACAUGAAGAGCUACAAAGGGAAUUGAUUUGAGAAGAUACAGCAUUUGCAAAAAUGUCUUCAAGUUCUGUGACUUCAGUGUUUGCUUUGAUGGUUUUGUGCUUUGCAGCUGCAGGUCCUGUGCCUCUCAAUGAAUGUGUCUUAUCGCCUGUUAACAAUUCGCAUCCAGUCCAUGCCUUACUGGAAAGUUUUACAGUCUUAUCUGGCUGUGCAAGCCGAGGCACAACGAGCCUGCCGCAAGAAGUGCACAUCCUCAAUCUCAGAAACCCUGAGGAGGGUCUUGGCCAUCAUGAAAGAGAGGUCACAUUACAUUUGAAUCCAAUUUCAUCAGUGCAUAUUCAUCAGAAGCCUUUGGUGUUUCUUCUCAACUCUCCUUUGCCUUUGGUCUGGAAGCUAAAAACAGAAAGACUGGCACCUGGAAUCCGAAGAGUUUUCUUCGUGUCUUUAGGUUCCGUUGUUCAGUUUGAGAAGGGAAAUUUCUCCUUGUCAGCAGAAACAGAAGAAAAGUUUUUUCCUGAGAAGAAUGAACAUCUGCUACACUGGGCCCAGAAGGAAUAUGGAGCAGUAACAUCUUUCACUGAACUUAAAAUAUCAAGAAACAUCUAUAUUAAAGUGGGAGAAGAUCAAGUUUUUCCUCCCUCGUGCAACAUUAAAAAGAAUUUUCUCUCUUUAAAUUACCUUGCGGGAUACCUACAACCAAAGCCAGCAGAGGGGUGCCUUAUGUCUAACUUAGUCCAAGAAAGAGAAGUUCAUAUCAUUGAACUAAGCACUCCAAAUUCCAAUCCUAACAGUGCUCUCCAGGUGGAUAUAAUCGUUGACAUUAAACCAUCUCAACCAGGCGCCAGACUUGUCAGAGAUGUCGUACUUAUCCUCAAGUGUAGAAAGUCUGUCAACUGGGUUAUCAAGUCCCAUGAUGUCCAGGGAAAGCUGGAAGUGAUUACAUCAAAUAGUAUUGGGUUUGGAAAGGAAACAGAGCGAUCCAUGACUAUGAGUAAAUCAGUAAUACCUGAUAUUCCCUCAUCGCAUGAGAGUUUGAUCAAGUGGGCUUAUGAACAUAACUAUAGUCCAGUUACUUCUUACACAAAAGCCCCUGUUGCUAACAGAUUUCAUCUGCAACUCGAAGAUACAGAAGAGAUGAAUGAUGAAGAAGACCAUUCCCUUCCUCCAGAGCUGACAGAAUUGCUGGGAGCUAACCCACUGCCUGCUCCAAAGAAUCCCGUGUUAAGUGAUGGCCUGACUUUUCCAUUUCACAUUAACAGAGGAAGGCAUGAUACAGUGGGAGAAGAAAUCUUCCCAUCCAGGCAUUCAGUAGAUACGUUAAUAAAUCAUGACUUUGGACAUUCCCUCUCAAAACAUAAAGAACCAGAAGAGGUUCAGGGCAGUGCUGAUGUGGCCCUGUCAAUAAAGUGUGAUGACAAAGCCAUGACAGUAGCUGUAGAAAAAGAUGCUCUGCAGGCCAGUGGCUACACCCGGACAGAGCUCUCGCUGCUGGAUCACUCUUGCAAAGCCAGGAUGAAUGGCACCCAUUUCAUUUUGGAGUCUGCACUGAACAAAUGUGGGACUCGGACAGCAUAUAUCUUGAACAAGAUUGUUUAUUUUAACUCUAUUGUCAUUCAGCUGUCAUCACCAGCUGAAGGCAGCGGCUUUGAUGAUGAUGACAUGGAAUCAGGUGAUAAUGGAUUUCCAGGGGAUGCUGAUGAGGGAGACGUUUCUUUCUCAAGCUGGCCUGAAAUAGCGUUUAAUUGCACACUGCACCAGCCAGAGGAUGACAGAGGCAUAUUCUGGCCUCCUGAACCACACAUCACCAAUGUUACCUUCAACAUGGAGCUGUACAAAACAGAUUUGUUCCUUGCUCCCUCCCAAGGACUCUUCUCUGUUGCUGAGAAUGGGCCGAUACAUGUAGAGGUGUCUCUGACUAAAGCUGACAGAUCCUUGGGCUUUGCCAUUCAAACAUGCUUUGUUUCCCCGUUUUCAAAUCCAGAUAGAAUGUCUGACUAUACCAUUAUAGAAAACAUUUGUCCUAAAGAUGAAUCUGUUAAAUUCUACAGUACUGAGAAGGUGAACUUUCCAAUACCACAUGCACAGAGGGACAAAAAAAGAUUUAGCUUUGUGUUUAAACCAAUGUUCAACAUCUCACUACUCUUUCUUCACUGCGAAUUGACUUUGUGUACAAAUAAAGACAAAGAUGCUCAAGGACUGCCAAAGUGCAUUCCUCCUGAUGAAGCUUGCACCUCUCUCAAUGUGGAUAUGAUCUUGGCCAUGAUGCACAACAAGAAAACCUUCACCAAGCCCCUUGUAAUAACACAUGAAGGAAAACAAGAAGAUCCUUCCCUUCCAAAGCCAAAUGUGAGACAGCCACCUGUGUUCUACGGGCUGGACACGCUGACUGUGGUGGGCAUUGCCUUUGCAGCCUUUGUGAUCGGGGCCCUGCUGACGGGAGCGCUCUGGUUCAUCUACUCUCGCACAGGGGAAACAACAGGAAGACAGCAGGUCCCCACGUCCCCACCGGCGUCCGAGAACAGCAGUGCAGCUCACAGCAUUGGCAGCACACAGAGCACCCCCUGCUCCAGCAGCAGUGCCACCUAACCCGGGGGGACACAGCUGAGGAGCAACAUAGGAGCACAUAGGUUCCAAGGACUGUGUGUGGACAUCAGCUUUUUAAAGUUAAAAGGGUUGUUUUGGUUGCUUCUGAAAAAAACAAGGAGGGAUUUUUCUACAGGAGAAAAAAAAAA